AUGCUGCACUGGCUGUUCCCAGGCAAAGAUUUAGCAUCUGGUCUGCGUGCAUUAGGAACCAUUUUCAUUGAUGUCUCCGAUGGAGAUGGUGAUAACAGUUAUUAUGAUGCAGAGAAGGAAGAUGCUAAUGCUGAUAGUUCAGAAGAAGAAGAGGCCAAUGAUGAGAAUGAGGCAGAACAUAUGGGCAUUGUGGUUGGGGAUGGACAGCCUAUUCAUCCCCCCUCUAGGCGUCAUCAGCGCGUUCAAUUGGUAUCAGAGCAAGGUGUUGAUGUACCCCAUGAUGACAUGGAGCUCACUUCGGAGCAAGAGCAACUCAUCCACCGCAAUGCUCAAGCUUCCAAUGCAAUUCUCUCCGCCUUGAGUCCAGAGGAGUUCAACAAGGUUGAUGGGCUUGAGGAGGCCAAGGAGAUAUGGGAUACUUUGCAAUUGGCUCAUGAGGGUUCACCCGCUGUUCGUGAGGCCAAGAUUGAAUUAUUGGAAGGAAGGCUUGGAAGAUUUGUGAUGGAUGACAAGGAGAUACCACAAGAGAUGUAUGAUAGGAUGAUGAUUCUUGUCAACAAGAUCAAAGGACUUGGGAGUGAGGACAUGACAAAUCACUUUGUUGUCAAGAGACUUCUCCGUGCUUUUGGUCCAAGAAAUCCCACUCUUGUAUCAAUGAUAAGGGAAAGAAAAGACUUCAAGAGGCUCACCCCAAGCGACAUUCUUGGAAGAAUUGUGUCUCAUGAGAUGCAAGAAGAGGAAGCUCGUGAAUCAAAUGAAGCUAAGGCUAAGGGAGGCAAGAAGAAGCCGGAGCGUGCUCAUGUGGCGGAGGCACACAUGGCGGAGGUGUGGUACUCCGGAGAUGAGGAAGAUCCCGAGGUCAAGCCCAAGCCCAAGCCAAAAGACAAGGUUGAAGGAGAAGGUGGUGUUGCUACCGUCGCCUUGAAGUCAUCUUCUUCAAGCAAGGAGCGUCUCUUCAACAACUUGAGUGAUGACGACGAUGACUCCUACCACUACUCUUGUUUCAUGGCCCAAGGCCGCAAGGCAUACUCCUCCGGUGGCUCAAGUUGGGUUGUGGACAGUGGCUGCACCAAUCAUAUGACGGGAGAGAGGAGUAUGUUUACAAGUCUUGAUGAGGAGGGUGGAAGUCGUGAAAAUAUUGUCUUUGGAGAUGAUGGUAAAGGAAAGGUAAUGGGUCUCGGUAAGAUUGCCAUUUCCAAGAAUCAAUCUCUUUCUAAUGUCCUCCUUGUCAAUUCUUUAAGCUACAAUUUAUUAUCCGUGUCUCAAUUGUGUAAGUUAGGAUUUAAUUGCUUGUUUACCGAUGUGGAUGUGACCGUUUUUAGGCGAGAUGACUCUUCCAUAGCAUUCAAGGGUGUGUUAAAGGGUGAUCUCUAUCUCGUUGAUUUCGACGUAGAUAGAGUGAAUCCGGAGGCAUGCUUGAUUGCUAAAUCCUCUAUGGGUUGGCUAUGGCACCGUAGGCUAGCCCAUGUUGGAAUGAGGAAUUUGGCAUCUCUUCUAAAAGGGGAACACAUUCUUGGUCUAUCUAAUGUUUCUUUUGAGAAAGAUCGUGUGUGUAGUGCUUGCCAAGCUGGGAAGCAAGUUGGGAGUCCACAUCCUAUAAAAAACAUCAUGACUACAACAAGACCACUCGAGCUUCUUCAUAUGGAUUUAUUUGGGCCCGUGGCCUACAUAAGCAUUGGAGGUAACAAGUAUGGUUUCGUCAUUGUUGAUGAUUUUUCACGUUUCACUUGGGUGUACUUUCUCCAUGACAAAAGCGAAGCUCAAGAUGUCUUCAAGCGCUUCGCAAAGCAAGCCCAAAACCUCUAUGAUCUCACUAUCAAGAGGGUGCGAAGCGACAAUGGAGGAGAAUUCAAGAACACUUAA